AUGCCAAUAAGUCAACUUGAGCCAGUGAAUGAAAACUGCGAUUGGCUCUACCAACUCUCCUCCCGUGCCGUCCCAUUCACUCAUCUUGUUCAGACAACCAUUCUUCCCUUCUUCCUUGCUCUCACAGUUAUAAUCAAUAUCCUCCUAUGCAUCACCCUAAAUCGACCAAAUAUGCGAACCCCAACAAAUUUCAUCCUUCUGGCUAUUUCAGUAGCCGAUCUUCUUACUGGUCUCUUACCUCUUCCAAUCCUUACAGCCUUUAAUACGGACUACUUCGAUACCGAUCUCACUUUGGUCAAAGGUUAUUUGACGCAUUACUGCUCCGUCGUUCUUCCAACCAUAUUUCACACAAUAUCGAUUUGGCUUACUGUACUUCUGGCCUUGCAGAGGUUCAUUUACGUGGUUAAACCACUGGAAGUGUAUAAAUAUGCCAUUUGUCACUACCGUGGUGUCGCUAUCAGCAUUUUUAUUAUUUCAAUUUCCGCCCUGAUUUUUUACGCAAACAACUUCUCCAUUACCUAUAACUCAGGUGCAGUGGUUUGUACAAACAGCCAGAAGGCAAUUAGCAGUAUUCACAGCAAAAUGCUCAAGUGCACAUUUCUUCCACGAAAUAUACAAUUUCCCAUUUUGCUUCUUAGAGCCUUAACGGUACAUAUCAUUCCAUGUCUACUGUUGUGUGUUCUAACGGCCUAUAUGCUGGUUGCAUUGAAGGGCAUUUCCAAGAGGCGUAAUGAACUCUUGAAAAAGCAGAAGGAAAUGAGGAUGCUAGCAAAUUCUAUCAGAAUGGCGGAUAAUCACAAUAAUAACGUGAAUAAUCAAAUGGCGAAACGGAAUAAGAAAAAACCUGUAAACGGAGAUGUCUAUAAAACUUCGAGGAUUAUGCUUGUUGUCUUAUUGCUAUUUCUAUUCGUUGAAAUACCGUCUACCGUCCUCGUUACAACUUACAGCUUACUUAUCGCGCUUCAAGGAAAACCAAUGCCCUACUUUUCUGAGGUAGGUCCAAAUGUUCCAUAA